AAUGUCAUAUGUAAAUUAAACUUAAACAAAAUAUAAAUAUGAAAUUGUUUAUUAAGAUUUUUUAUUAUAAUUUGAUAGACGAAUAUUUAGUUAUAUUGUUUCUGUGUUAAAAUCAUAUCUUAAAUUUUUAAUUAUGUAUAAGUACGUCAUAAAUAAAUAAUUUUUGAGAUAUUUAAUAUAUUUUAUAUCUCAAAACUAUAUAUAAGAAAAUUAUAAAUUCAAGUAAAUUACAAAAGCUUGUUAUUUGUAAUAUUAUAUACUUAUUAUCAUAUUUAAUAAUAUUUUGUUGAACUGUUUUUUUUAUUCUUAAGAGGUUAUUUGAAUGUUCUUUAUAAAUAAUCAUGUUUCAAGCUUUUCAUAAGUCAAAUCGCACAAAAAUAUGUACUAUUUGUAAUUUUCAUUCAACGCAGUUGCAUUACAUAAAAAAAAAAAUUUUUUCUCAAAAAUUGAAAGAUGGACCUGACUUAGAACAUUUUAUUGCUGAUACUUAUAAACAAUAUGAUGGAAAAUUAAAAUUAGAAAAGGGAGACAAAUCCCGUUUAAGAUUACCACCUUGGCUUAAAACAGAAAUACCUAUAGGUAAAAGUUAUAAUAGAAUAAAAUCACAAUUAAGACAAUUACAAUUAAGCACUGUAUGUGAAGAAGCACGAUGUCCUAAUAUUGGGGAGUGUUGGGGAGGUGGUACACAUGGAACAGCAACUGCUACUAUUAUGUUAAUGGGCGAUACAUGUACCCGUGGUUGUCGUUUCUGUUCUGUAAAAACAUCACGUACACCAUUACCCUUAAAUCCAGAAGAACCAAUAAAUACAGCAAUUGCAAUAACAGAUUGGGGUUUGGAUUAUGUUGUAUUAACAUCAGUAGACAGAGAUGAUUUAAAUGAUGGUGGAGCUAAUCAUAUUGCAGAAACAGUGAAAGAAAUUAAAAAAAGAACUAAUAUUUUAGUAGAAUGUUUGGUACCAGAUUUUAGAGGAAAUAAAGAUUGUAUUGAAAUAAUUGUUAAUUCUAAUCUUGAUGUGUUUGCUCAUAAUAUUGAAACUGUUGAACGUUUAACUCCAUUUGUUAGAGAUAGACGAGCUGAAUAUAGGCAAUCACUGAAGGUUUUAAAAAUAGCAAAAAAAUGUAAUCCAGAAUUAAUUACAAAAUCAUCAAUAAUGUUAGGAUUAGGUGAAACUGAUGAAGAAAUUGAACAAACAAUGAAAAAUUUAAGAGAAAUUGGUGUAGAUGCUUUAACACUCGGACAAUAUAUGCAACCUACAAAAAGACAUUUAAAAGUUAUUGAGUAUGUUACACCUGAAAAAUUUAAAAAAUGGGAAAAUAUAGGAAAUGAAUUAGGAUUUUUAUAUACUGCAAGUGGUCCAUUAGUACGUUCAUCAUAUAAAGCUGGAGAAUUUUUUUUAACAAAUAUAUUAAAAAGACGUAGAAAUAAACAGGCUGAAAAUCAAUAAAUAUAUUUCUUUUAAUUAUAAUUAUUGGAAUAUUCAUAAUUAUUUAUAUGAAUUUUAUAUUAUAUAAUACAAAAUUCAUAUAUAUUAUAAUAUAAAUUAUUGUAAAUUUGUGCAUUAAGUUAAUAGAAAUACUUGUAAUUAUAUUAUAUAUAAAAUGUAGUAUAUUGAAAAUUAACAAAAUUUUCAUAAUCUAUGAUAUUCUAUUAUUGUAUUGAAUAUAAUGGUAGGAAAAAUACAAACAUAAAAUACAAAUGUUCAUUUUGAAUGUAUACAGAAAAUAUAUUAUAAAAUAUAUUACAUUAUUUUUAA